AUGGAUUCGGAACGGAAAUCUUCUAAGUCAAGAGAAGGUGGUCGACGCUUAAAACGACCUUUAGUCGAGGGUCCAGAUUCUACACAGUCGGGUGAAAUGUUGGACCCUGAUGUGUCAAUCACCAAGUCUCAAAAUUCAUCUUUCGGAGAUCUUUUCAAUUUAAAUGAUACAAAUUUAGAUACUGAAGCUUCUCCAAAAGGUUACUCUCAAUUACAAGAUGAUUUUUUGGACAUGUGUACCCCCUCAAGGGUCUCAGUUGACAAAUCCUCAAAUAGUUCACAAUCUGAUCAGUACAUUAGCCUUCUGACUAGUUUAAAUAAAUCCCCAUCUAUUAUUCCUGAAUUUGACACAAAUACUGAGGAUAUUGAUAAUCCACUUUUUACACCUAAUCGGGAUAGUCAAGCUACUCCUAAAAACGAAUCUUUUACUCCAAAAGAAACCAAACAUUCACUCAAAAUUACACGAAUUAAUGAUUUUUUCAAACUUAAAGAUACACCACUUUCUAGCAAAUUCACACCAACGUCUCAAAAAACUAUGACAAAUUCAUACGAGACUAUAAAUUCACUUAAAUAUACUCUAACUUCACAUAAAGAUAGUGAAAAUUCAUAUAAAGGUUUUGGUAUUUCACAAAAUGAUACUCAAUUUUCACAACAUGAUGUUGUAAUUUCACAAAACGAUACUCAAUUUUCGCAACACGAUGUUGUAUUUUCUCAAAAUGAUACACAAUUUUCACAAAACGACACGGAAUUCUCUCAAUUUGAGAGCAUAAUCUCGCAAAACGGAACUACACAUUCACAAACUGAAAGUAAAAACCUGGAUGAUGAUAUUUACUUUGAAGUUGACCCGAAGUGUGAUGAUUCCGCAAUUUCAAAUUAUUUUUCAUUCAAAAAAACAUCAUUAACAAAGGAAAAUGUGGCUAAGGAUUUCGGAACGAUUUGCGAUAUACUAAGUUUAAAAAAUGGAUCUGAUGUGAACAGUGAUAAAACAGUGAUAGCCGAAUCAAACGACCCCAAAACACAAACUUAUUUAUCAGAUGAAACAGAUUCUUCAAGUUCAUCAAGUGACUAUGUAAUUGAACGAAGACAAACUAGGAGCCAAUCUAACAAAAUACUACAACAAAACAGUCAAACUAGUGUAAUGGAUUAUACUAAAAGUCUAUCACAGAACAAUAAUGAAGAGUCGGUUAAUCCUCCAAUAGUUAAUUUAGAAACUAAAACCACUAAAUUGGAUGACAAAAUUAGUAAUUCGGAAACCAAACCCACUAGUUUGGAUACUAAAAUCAAUAAAUCGGAGGAUAAAAUAACAAAUUUCGCUCAUGAAAAGGAAAAGGUAUUGAGAUUAGGAAAUAAAGAUGACAUAUUACACAAUAAGUAUGGAAUAAAGUACGAACCAGUGGAUAUGGAUGUGAGGAGAAAGUAUAAAAGUUUCGAGCAGCUGUGUUUCGGUUUAGGCUGUUUAGUGUGUCCUACAAAACAAGAACUUGAAAUGUGCAAGCAGUUGUCAUCACUCCCAGACGCUUCGGCACUAUCUCAAUAUGAGACUUCAGUGUACCAAGGCUGUAUUUUAAGAUCUCGUGCCUUUGAAACAAUUUGGAGGAAGUUUUGUAACAGAGUGAUUGGAAUAGUGAGGAGGUACAUUUUGAAGGGAAUUGAGAAUCUGCUGAAGAUAAUUGAGUCACAAGAACUAAUAGAUCCAUUCCUCAAGCUUGUUUUGAUUGAUUUGGGCACUGACAGAAGAGACCAACAGCUUUUCCUAAACAUUCUACUAGAAGAGCUCAAUAACCUGAUAAAGCAAAAGUAUAUACUCAUCAGAGUUAACAAUAACAAUAACCUAAACGAUAUUAUAAAGCAAAUGUAUAUCCAACUGUACACUCAACUGUUGUUAGCUAAUAAAAACCUAAAUGUUAGCACCACUAAUAAUAAUAACAUUUUAAACAAACUAAUACACCUCUACAACUCAUUCAUCAACAAAUUUAACACCAACAAUACUAAUGGAAGUGUUGAAUGUUGCGGAUAUGAGUUUGUGAUAGUAGUGGAUAAGCUGAACGAGUACAUAAAUGACAUAUUGUAUUUAUUUCAGAUGAUCAAGAGGAGGAAGUUAUUGCCAAUAAACUGCAUAGUGGUGAUAUCAACAAAUAAUGAGUAUUUGGAAAAAUAUUGCAACACGAGAAUCUACAGCAAUUUGGGCAUUUUCGAAUGCGGAGUGAUAACAGUCUCGAGCAUCAUCGAGGAAAUUUUGCAGGUUCUGAUGUUUGACGUUUACGUACAGGACUUUAUUCCAAACUUUCAAAUUUUGCAAGACUUGUAUGACCAGUACAUUAAUAUCGACAACUCAUUCACGUUGUUCAUCUUAAGGGUUUACCAAAUGUACGAGCAGUACUACAACAGUUUCAUCUUUAGUUACCUGUCAAUUCUACCUACCCAUUUUUUCAAAUUUACAAACUCCGAAGAUUAUUACACUGAUAUUCUGCUCGACUCGGAAAUUAGUUCUGAUCCGAAAACUGAUAUUAACAUGGUUCAAGGCUCCCAAAUGAAUUUAGAUAAAAAUUUAAACCCAUACACUAACGCUAAGGAUAAGUUAUUGAAUAAUGAUAUAUUAGUCAACACUGGUAAUAAUAAAUUGUUGAAUAAUAACAUAUUGGUAAACAAUGGUACCAAAUUGUUGAAUAAUAAUAAAUUAGUAAACAACGGUAGCAAUGUUACCGCUAAUAAUAAAUUAGUGAAAAAUAAUAAAAUGAAUGAAAGUAAGACAAUUAGUAAUGAGAUGGAAUGUGUAGUGGAGAUAUGUAAUACCGAAACAAGUGAUAAUGAAAUAGAUGUGGUAGUUCAAAAAAAGCCGGCCCCUAAACCUAGUGAAAACAAAUUAGAGUCAUGUGAAAGUGAAGUGUAUAGUGAAAAUGGAGUAAAUAUUCUAGAGUUGCUAGACGUCAAGAAUUUGUACAGCGUGUAUAGCUUACUAUGUCUAAGCAAUAACAUGAGCGAGAACAGCGUGGCGUAUUUUGACGUAAAACUCGGAUUAUCAAUGCCCUUGGAGAAGAUAACGCUGGAAUACCUGCCACUAAACACCCUGAUUCUGUUGCAGAGAAGAAUUCUGUUCCAACUUGGAGUUCACCUGCUUUUCAAAUCACUAGAUUUCAUACCAGAAUUCUAUACAUUCAAGAGUAAAAUCCUAAAACUGACCAAAGAUUUUGAUGACUAUAAAGAUUUGAUAAAUAAACUGGUGAAACACAUUACGACGUUAUGUUCUGAAACAAACUCAUUCUACAGCAAAAGUAUACUCAAAUUAAAAAGACUUUUUACAAACUUUAACAAGUAUUAUAGUAGGUACAAAAAUCUACUAAUAAAGAUUGAGAUAUUUUUGAACAAUAAUAACUUGAAAGGGAUUAAGCCGAAAUUGGAUGAUUUAAACAGAACAAUAAGGGUUAGUAAUAACUAUGAUUGCACUAACAUGAUUAAUGAUUUUAAAGAUAAGUUAAUGCUAUGUUUACUUCCGCAAUUGAGCACAUUUCCCUUAACAAAGAUACUGCUAGUACAGAAAUACUCUCAAAUUAUCACCUCGAACAUUUGUAAUAAUAAUCCACCGAUUAGUUCAACGAGUUCAGGAAGUGUCGUUGGAAACGUAGGAUUAGGAGGACUGGAUGUGAUUUUACACAUCAACAAGUAUAUCAAGUACAAGAUCAUCAACAUGUGGAAACUGUUCAUCAUUUACUAUUUCAUCUUGACUGGGACGUCAAGUGAUAAGAAAACCGACUCACAGAACCCAGACGACAUAAUUGAGAUUUACAUCAAGUUCAACAAUAAUAUCGAGAUUUUGGAAAAAAUAUACAAGAUCGUUGCAGUCAAUAACACAAAUUCUUCUGAAAGAUUAAGCCAUAAGUCACAACAAUACGAUAGUUGUGAUAGGGAUCCGACGAGUUCAGUUGACAGAAUGGAGAAGAUAAACGCGGCUGAAAAGGUCGAGAAAGCGUUGACAAGUGUCGGUUCUAUCAACAUCGACGUUUACAAAAGUAUUAAAAAGUCACUGGUCAACAUUACCGUCAAGUUCUUGUAA